AUGUCCCGGUUAGGAACGGUUGUUUGGGUUGCAAACAGAUGCAACCCCAUCAAUGAUUCUUCCGGCGUGUUGAUGAUAAACAGCACAGGUAAUCUUGUGCUUUUGAGUCAGAAUAGCAGCGUUGUUUGGUCGACGAGUUUAGUUAAACAGGCCCAAAAUGCGACGGUAGAGCUCUUGGAUUCCGGGAAUUUGGUGCUAAGAGAUGCAAAAGAUGGAAAUUCAGGAACUCCUUUGUGGCAAAGCUUCGACUAUCCUUCCGAUACAUUAUUACCAGGAAUGAAGUUGGGGUGGGACUUGAGAACAGGCCUAAAACGGCAUUUGUCAGCAUGGAAAAAUUCAGAAGAUCCCGUCGCAUGGAAUGAACUGACAAUCUGUGGUUCACCCGAACAUCCUAGUCCUCGUUAUAGUUUCAAUUUUGUCUACAACGACGAUGAAGUUUACGUCACAUACAAACCGAAGAUUGAGUCGAUACUGUCAAGAGUGGCUUUGAACCAAACCACCAGCACAUGUGCUCGGUUUCAGUGGAAGGUGGGAUAUCAAGCUUGGCAGGAUUUUUCAUCAAGACCUACAGAAUCAUGUGAUUAUUAUGGCUUCUGUGGAGCCAAUGGAAAUUGUACCAGUGAGGAUCCGGUCUGCAAAUGUAUACAAGGAUUCAGCCCCAAGUCUCAAGAAAAGUGGAAUUUAGCAGACUGGUCUCUAGGUUGCGUGCGCAAUAAACCAUUAAGCUGCCAUGAAGGAGAUAAAGAUGAGUUUCUCAAAUUUGAUGGCUUCAAAUUGCCAGAUACUACAAAUUCUUGGAUAUCAAACAGGUUCCUGUUGCUGGAAAGGAAAUAUAUAAUUCGAACGUCAGCUGCUGAAAUAGUCAACAAUGAAGGAGAAAACAGCAGAAAAGUGAAGAUUGCAAUUAUAGUUGUUGGCAUAGCAAUAGUGUUUUCCGGAGUGCUGUUAGUUGGCUAUGUCAUUCGCCGAAGAAAGAGAAAAAAUAAAGAAAUAAGGGAAAGAAAUGAGGACAAUGAAGGGGCUCCAAGAGGGGACAUGGAGCUCCCACUCUUUGACCUGAUGACAGUAGCUAGGGCCACGGAUAACUUUUCAAGCAAUAAAAAGCUCGGAGAAGGUGGAUUUGGCCCUGUUUACAAGGGGACGCUGGCCGACGGACAAGAAAUUGCUGUGAAGAGGCUUUCAAGAAGUUCUAGCCAAGGAUUGAACGAGUUCAUGAAUGAAGUUAUAUUGAUUGCCAAACUCCAGCACCGAAAUCUGGUAAGGCUUCUUGGUUGUUGCGUUCAAGGAGAGGAGAAAUUGCUACUUUAUGAAUACAUGCCCAACGGAAGCCUAGACUCCUCCAUUUUUGAUGAAACGAGAAGAGAACUGUUCGAUUGGCCUAAACGUUUCAACAUUAUAUGUGGCAUUGCUCGAGGUCUCGUCUAUCUCCAUCAGGAUUCUAGGCUAAGGAUUAUUCAUAGAGAUCUCAAAGCAAGUAAUGUUUUACUUGAUAAUGAAAUGAAUCCGAAAAAUUUCAGACUUUGGCCUAGCUAGAUUAUGCGAAGGAG